CGUUCCAGGUGCUUGGAUAAGUAUUAAAUCUUUUUUAUUCGUAGAAAUCCUCAUUAAUCGAUAUCGCUUCAUUCAUAUUUCGCGCGCUUUUGCCCGGGCUAGCUCCAUCUCACUCGGGCCGCACAUUCGCUUCAUUGUUCAAAUGGGACGGGGCCAUUCCAUCAGUGUUGACAGUUCAUUGGGCAAAACAAAACAAUUUUCCAGCCAACUGUGAUUGGGAAAGUUUAUCCAGUAUUUUCCGGGAAUCUUACAGAAUCUGUGGAAAAUAUUAAUUUGAGCCUCAUGGUAUUUAUAAAUAUGAUAAAUUCGUUUUGAAAUGGCUCAGAGUACAACUAGUGGAACAUCUUCUCGAAGACAUGGGCGAGAUCACGACUCGGCAUCAAUCACAUCCUCCAGGAUCGCUGAUAUUUCUGAGUGGGAGGCAAAUGAGGCUUUACGGCAAAGAGAACUGGAGGAGGCGAAAGGUAGAGCAGCUCAAAUGGAGAAAACGAUGCGGUGGUGGUCAGAUUGCACAGCAAAUUGGCGGGAGAAAUGGAGCAAAGUGCGGAAUGAAAGAAACAAAGCUAGAGAAGAAUGUAAACAACUUCGUACUAAACUAGAAACAUUGUUAAAAGAGUCUAGUGUCACUAAAAGGGACAAGGAAGAGCUUGAGAUUCAAAAUGAGCAGUUGAAGAAGGAAAUAGAGAGGAUACAUAUUUUGCUGUUGAAACAUGCAGGUCAAUUUGAUAGCCAGAUUUUAGAGGCUCUAAGUGAAGACCCCUUAAAGGAUUUUGUGUUCAACAGUGGUUCCCCUAUUAACGAACGUCAGAAUGGUAUUUCUUCAUCUCAGUCUAACCCAGAAUGUGACAGCACUGCUUUACAAGAUCUGGAUGCUUCUGCAAUUGAGGAAUACAUUCUGCAAGGAGCUGUGCCAAGGUUUCUAAAGGAUAUUGAGAAAAAAACCGACACAUCAGAACUAGUAAAUGGUGCAGCUGAAAAGGCAAAUGAAGAUAAAGAUGAGUAUGAAGAAGAAUAUGUUUUGCAAAAACUUUCUAUGCUGCAACUCAGGCUUGAUGAAACCACCAAAACAUUGCAUGUAGAAAGAGAGGAAAAAUCUCAACUUCAUAGGACAAUCGAAAGGCUAACAAGUGAACUCCAAGAAAUUAAAGAUAAAUGCGAAGAACUUAGAGAAUCUAAACAAGAUACUAUGAGGGAGAUGCUUCUUUUACAAGACGAGCAUCAAAAAGAAUUACAGUUAUUAAAGGCAGAUCUACAGGAUGAGACAAACUCUCGAGAAGGCAUGGACAAAAGGCUAAAUGAUUUGAGAGCAGAGCUUGAGAGGCUCCAAGCAGAAAACGCUGCAGAGUGGGGAAAGAGAGAACGUUUGGAAACAGAGAAACUUGCUCUCGAUCGGGAAAAUAAAAAAAUGAGAAGUGAACUGAGAGAUAUGCAAGAAAGAAUGGAAAGGAAAGGACGUCCAGUUACAAAUUCAGAUGCUGAAAUAAGGCAUUUGCAGCAAGAAUUAGCUGAUAAAAAUAAAGAAAUCGCCGAGUUGAAACAUUCCCAAACAAAGCUGAAAAAGAUGGUUCAAGAUAAAAUGACCGAGUUAGCUCAUGCAGUGCGUAGAGCUGAACAAUAUGAAUCUGAAGUCAAGAAAUUGAGGGGUAGGAUAGAAGAAUUGAAGAGAGAUCUUGCUGUAGCUGAGGAUGAACUAGACGCAGCUGCGAAUAACAUCAGGAAGCUUCAGAGGACAAAUGAUGAGUUGCAAGAGCAAGUGGAUAAUUUCCAAGUACAACUUCAGCAUCUUCAUACCAGCAUGGAAAAAGAAGAUGGUGGCGAGGAGAUGGCUUUAUUUGACGAGACUGAAUGUUUGCAUGCUGGUGGGAUUGGACUGGAUCGGCUUGUAUGAAAAGUGCAUGCUUACGUUAAAUGGAACAUGGCCUGAAAUGUCUCAUAUUGCAUGAGGAAUAUUCAUUUAUUUUAUAGUUACGUAACUGUAGUUCCUCCAGUCUGCUGUCUCAUCGCGGCACGAUGUUAGAAGAUGCGAGCGAUGAAGAACCUAAUGAUUUUAUUUAAUUUUCUUCAAUACUUGAUUGAUGCAGAUAGUGUCAUUGUUGAAAUAAGCAUCGGAGCCAAACGAAGUGAAAUAAUGGAUAUUUGCGAAAAUUUACGAUAGCGUCUCGUAAAUGACCAACGAGGAUAUAAAGAAGUUGAUUUAUUUGUGGAAGUUACUUGGCUCAAUUUUCAGCAUGAUGAAUAAAAUGCACGCUUCUUUGUAUCAUAUAAAUAUGUGAAGAAUUUAAAAGCUUCAUCUCAAAAUGAUCUACUUUUUCACUUAUCAAGCCCUACGAAUUAUUUCACAACAUAGAAUUUUUGAUUACGUCAAACUCUUCAGCACAUGUGUUGAUUCACGUAAAAUGUUCAGGGUGUUUCUAAUUUACCUCUUCCUCUGAUUCUCAACACACAAACGCUAGUGUCGUACUAGGGCUAUUUGUAAUGAUUGUGUAUUCUUACGUGUGUUCAUUUUUAUUUAUUGAUCUAUUUUUCUACCUGUACAAAUGUUAGAUACGAUCUUACUGUGAGUUCCAAAUAUUAUUUAUUGUUUGAUACUGUGGUGUAUUUUGUAAAACGACAAUGGGCAAAAGAUGAUUAGGUGAUGAAUCCAACAUGAUCAUGCUUGUUGCAAAAAAUUGAGCUGCUAGUUAUUCGUAGCAGCUAAAUGACAGAUUUUGAAAUGGUUAUAAAAAGGUGAUAGAGUGAUGACUUUGCCCAUUGCGUCUUUUCGGGCCAGUGAAUAGAAUAGUCUAUUUGCGACAGAAUCAAAAUUGAAGCUUAAAGUUUCAACACAGCGCAAUUUAAAUAUGUUUGCAGCAUUUUAUUUACUGGCCUAUAUUGCGAAUUUCUGAAUUAUGUUUAACCAGGGAUGCAUCCACAAUCAUAUAAUGUAGACAAUCGCACGUUAAACAAAAAACCACGCUCAGUUUCAUGUUUGAUAUAGAGUAAUCUAGAAAAUGCUGGGUGUAGCGAUAUUUUUUUACAUGUAUGAGUCCAUUGAAUCUAAUAUUUUAAAUACAGGAGAUGAUCUAAACAAAAAACUCGAAAAAUGGGUAGGUAUUUGGUAUAUUCCUAAGACAAUCAAGUUCUGUAAUGCUCUGAUAGUUACAAUAAUAUACCAGAAAACGGUUGCCAAAGAAAAAUUCUCCAAUAUCCCUGGUUAGGCAAUGAUAUAAUUUGUGAUAAGUACGUACUAAAGCAAUAGGUAGUCUAAGGUAACUGAUGUUUAGUGUAAGAUGUGCAAAAUACUUACUUUUGUAUUCAUGACGGGUAGUUACUGUAUAAUAACAAUAGGCAAUUGAAUUGGUAUCCUGUUGAAUUUCAAAGAAUAUAACAUAAGGUAGAUGGUAACAUGAAUUUAUUGACAGAAAACAUAUAACACAGAAUUCGACAAAAAUAAAUAUUUUGAUAAGUC